AUGCUCACUUCCUUCCGUUCAUUUCCAUUCCGAAAAACCGCUCAUCUUUCUAGAAGGCUCAAUCGUCUCUUCACUGUUCUUGCCUUUGAAUCUUCCGCCGAUGAUACCUGUGUAGCUGUUGUUACUUCAGACCGUCAAAUCCUCUCAAACGUUGUUAUUCGCCAAAAUGACCUUGUGGAGAGAUUUGGAGGAAUAAACCCCGGUGCUGCAGUGAUGGCACAUCAGGCCAACUUGCCAAUAGCAGCUAAGAGAGCUUUGACGGAGGCCAAAAUUGACAUAUCGAAUGUCCAUGGAAUUGCCUUCACAAGGGGUCCUGGGAUGGGUGUCUGCCUAUCGACAACACUCAAUGCAGCCAAGACGCUCGCUGCAGUGUUCGACAAACCUCUAGUCGGCGUUCACCAUAUGCAAGCUCAUGCGCUUACAGCGCUACUCACCACGCCUACGCACAAGCCCAAUGGCGAAAUAAAUCCUGCUUAUCCCCGAUUUCCAUAUCUUACUCUUCUUGUUUCUGGUGGCCAUACACAAAUUGUGCUUGCCAAGUCCGUGAAGUCCUUUCGCAUCAUGGCAACAACACUCGACGAGUCCAUUGGCCGAACGAUUGACAAAGUAUCUCGUAUACUCCAAAUCGAAUGGGCAAAUAUGAGCCCAGGAUCUGCUCUCGAAAAAUUCUGUCUUCGGCCGGAAAAAGGUAUCCUCCCAGAUAUCUUCAUUCCGUUCACUCCUGUUAUGCCCGGCAGACUCGCGUUCUCUUACUCUGCUGUCCACUCUCAUGUUGACCGGUUACUUGCUCUCAACGGUGGAAUUGAAAGUUUCACAUCAGCCAAUAAACUUGCUGUAGCUCGUAUAUUUCAGAAUGCAGCGUUCAUUCAAUUGGAAGAGAAGCUCAAACUUGCUUUGGGAGAUUGCGAAAAACAAGGAAUCAAGAUUAACCAUCUUGUUGUCAGUGGAGGAGUCGCAAGCAACGCCUUACUUCGUGAGAGGUUACGGGCAUGCGUUACUGUUUCACCAACCAAUUCGUCAGUGGAGACAGUGUUUCCGCCGAUACAACUGUGUACUGACAAUGCAGCAAUGGUUGGUUGGGCAUCCAUGCAUCGUUUUCUAGCAGGCGAUUACGACGAGUACACGAUCAAUCCCCGUCCAAAAUGGAGCCUUGAAGAAUUGGAGAAUGAUUCUCAACGUUCGUAACCAAAGUACUUCAGCCUUAUCUAUUUUCUACACCCAUCGUACUAGGACCGUAUGCUCGAUCUUCGACGCCCUUCUCGCGUGAUCUUUCAACCAAACCAAAGAUGUGAAUUCAGAUGCAUACAAAGCUAAUCCGAGCUAUUGAACAGACAAACGUUUACUAAAAAUUGUGGCUGAACUUUGAAUUUGAACAUUGGCAGGCUUUAGCGGAUGCGCUUACAUAUAUUCAGUGCCGCAUACAUACUCAAUGAAAUUUCACAGUACCUACAAAGUUCCCCUUCUUUUCGGGGCGUCUUGGCCGGAGGACACUGGACGUCCUAUCUCCAGAGGGCUGCUUGCGGGGAGAAAUGAUCUGGAAAUGAUCUGAGGAAUACAGUUGUAUCCUAAAAGUUGAAAUCAUACAUCCGUGGGUUUUGGGAAAUAUUCCGCAGAGGUUACAUACAAAAGUUCGGGAUUUCAAAGGAGGAUAUGGCGGUAUAGAAGUGC